UUUCAGAAAACGUAUUAAAAGUAGUCAAGUUAUUGUGCUCAAACUUAAAAAUAGUGAUUUUAACGACGGAUUGGCGCCAACUGGCGUGGCCAAAAGUGUCUGGUUAGAACUCGAGCAAUCUCCACAUCAGAUCUUCGUUCUGCGAACCAGAUGCCAUAAAGAUUACUCUGCUUAUCGGCCCUACGACUGACUGGGGACUACGGCACAGCCACUUGGAGUACGGGUAGUACAAAAUGAGAGACAAGAAGGAACAGGCGAACAGCCGUAAGGCCUCCCAGGUCUCGGGACAUUUCUCCCAGAUGGACGUUGACGAUUCGGAGUUCAACGAUCCCUUCCAGGCGCUGAUGGAGAAGGCCGGCAACCAUGGCCGCUAUCAAACCCUUUACAAUUUCCUGUUUGUCGGCGGCCUGGCCUUUAGCGGUGCCAUGAUCUACAUGAAUAUCAUCCUGGCUCUCAACAUACCCGAUCACUGGUGCACCGUCCCGGGUAGGGAGAACACCAACUUUACGCUGGAGGAAUGGCGAGACAUCGUCCUGCCUAAACAGGCCGACAACCGAGGCAGGGAGACGUUUAGCAACUGUGAGAUGUACCAGGCGAACUUUUCAGAGAUCACGGACUGGUCUGCUUGGAGUAGCAGCAACCGCACAAAAACAACCUGCCAGAACGGCUGGAGCUACGACAAGACCUGGUACGAGAGCACCAUCCCCACGGACCACCACUGGGUGUGCGCCAAGGAUUUGUUCGUGACAAAUGUGUUCGUGGUGGGUCGUGUGACGGAGGUGGCCGGCUCAUUUAUAUUGGGACAAAUGGGCGACUCCUAUGGUCGCAGGUUCGUGUACUACAUCAGCGUGGUCUUCUGCUCCCUGGGACGCCUGGGGUCCAUCAUGUGCACCAGCUCGUACACGUGGUUCCUCAUCAUGUCCGGCAUCGUGGGCCUCACCGUGAACAGCCUCUUCCAAUCGCCCCAAAUUAUCGGCAUGGAGAUCUCGCGGGAGGAGGACCGCAGUCGAAUUGCCUUCUUCCAGAGCUGCGGCUGGUCCAUCGGCACCACCCUGAUGCCCCUGCUGUACUGGUGGCUGCGCCACUGGGACUCCUUCAUGUGGCUCACCUCGAUACCCACAGCGAUGGUCCUGCUCUUUUCCAAAUACGUAAUCGAAUCGCCCCGCUGGUUGAUUAGCAAGCAGCGCUUCCGCGAGGCCAUUGUGCAACUGCAGAAGAUAGCCAAAAUUAACGGCCAUCGCUUCGACAUGACCGAGAAGGAAUUGGCCGAGAUCUACAGUCGGGACAAGCAGGACGUCACCUACGGCAUCGCAUCGCUCUUUGCUGGCUGGCGGCUGGCCCGCAACACCAUCAUCAUGGGCUUCAGUUGGUGCGUGGUGGCCGUCUCCUAUUUCACGCUGGUGCUCUUCAGCUCCCGCAUGGCGGGCAAUCCGUUCCUGAACUUUUUGUACCAGAGCAUAGUGGAGAUCCCCGCCUACGUGGUGGGCCGUCAUAUGGGCGAUACGUAUGGGAGGCGCUUCACCAACUCGGUAUCGUUCCUCAUCUCGUUCGUCACCUGUCUGCCCAUCAUUGUGUACGCGACGGACGAGCGGUACGAGAGCCUGAUGAUCUACCUGGCCACGUUCAUCAAGUUCCUCAACGCCCUCACCUUCUUCACGGUGAACCUGCAGUGCCUGGAGAUCUAUCCCACGUGCAUGCGGCAGACGGGCGUGGCCCUGGGCACCAUCCUGGCCAACGCCAUCGGAGUGCUGGCCCCGUACCUGGUCUACCUGGGCACCACCGUGGACAUCCGGGCGCCGUACUACAUCCUGGGCGUCCUCUUCCUGCUGGGCGGCAUCGGGGCGCUCUUCCUGCCGGAGACCCUGCACAAAAAGCUGCCGGACACCAUGGAGGAGGCGGGACACUUUGGCAAACACGAUAAAUUCUUCAGUCUGCCGAAACCGCCGCCGGCGGCGGAGAAGGACGACAGGCUGUCAUCCCAUCCGGAGUUAACCAGGCUCAGACGCUCGGAGACGGCGCCCUGAAAUCCUUGAAACUCCCGAAUCCCUGAAUCCUCGAGACCUGCGAACGGCGAACUGCUGCUUCUUCGAAGGAUUGCCUUCCCGGCAAUCGAUUCACGUUGCCAUUCCCGUACCCGUUCCCUUGUGAUGUUACGUUAAGUUUGGCCCCAAGUAUUGCGAAUAAAGUAUUGUUAUGUAGGCAGCCGUAA